UAUCCCUUUUUGCAUACAGAUUCCCCCCACCUUUCUGUUCCUGUACCAAGCUGAAGCAGCCGGUGUGGUUGUCCUGUCUUGAUAGGAGCUGGAAGCACCCUGGGAUCCUUUUGCUGGUGCCCACAGUCAGCUCUGCCUCCCAAGUGAGGAGAAGUAUAACUGCAGGUUCUCCCUAAUUCUUCUGCUGGCCAGCCCCACCUUGUCCCUCUUACCUGCUCCCUGCCGACACUCACCUAUCAUGGCUAUGCCCUACCCUUUCACCAGCCUCCUCCUUCUCCUUGUUCUGCCCCUUUCCCAGGCUGCGAACCAGUCCCCAUUGCCCCUUGGCUCCCUGCCUGCUGUCCCCACCCUGCCCCUCCUGCAGGCGCUGCAAACGCGGGCUCCAGGCAGCCCAGGCUGGCAGGCGGGACCAGCCAGCGGGCAGCCCCUGCGCUACAUGCUGAAUCUGUACCGGCGUGCUGCUGACCGCGAAGGCCGACCCCGCCGCAGCCGCAGCCUAGGCACCAACACCAUCCGCCUGGUGCAGGCCAGCUCCCAUGGGGGUCAGCCCUGGGCAGGUCGCUGGUACUUGCAGGCCCUCACCUACCACAUGGAGGGCCAGCCAGAGGUCGAGCACCUCCUCAGAGCUACUGUGGUCUACCUGCCCAGUCUGUCACUGGCCCACGGUCGCCUUCUCUGUGCUCUGGAGCUGGUGAUGGCUGGUGAACCACCCAGGAUGCUGCUCAGCCCUACUGCCCGUUCCCGUGAUGGCUGGGCUGAAGUUGAUGUCACCCCUUACCUGGUGCUGGGGAACAGCAGCAUGGGGAGCCUGGCACUGCGGCAUGUCUGUGUGCGUGCUGGCCGACCAGGAGGCCACGAUGCCCCUGUGGCCCCCGGCCACCCUUUCCUCCUUCUCUACCUUAACGAUACUCAGGCAGGGUUCACACCUCUGGCAGCAGAGCCCCACCGACACCGACGUGAUACAGGGACAUUGGCUCAUGACCUGCCCAAGAACCUGCAGGAGCAGGGAGGGGAGAAGAGUGACUGUUCCCUCCGCCCCUUCCCUGUCAGUUUUGCACAGCUGGGCUGGGACCACUGGAUCAUCGCUCCUCACCGCUACAACCCACGCUACUGCAAGGGCACCUGUCCCCACCUGCUCCGCUAUGACUUCCAUGCACCCAACCAUGCUGUGGUGCAGAGUUUUGUUCAUCAGCUUGUGGAUGCCAAUGUGCCCCGGCCCUCCUGUGUGCCCUAUCGCUACAGCCCCAUCAGCGUCCUCAUGAUUGAGCGCAAUGGAGGCAUCCUGUACAAGGAGUAUGAGAACAUGAUUGCAGAGUCCUGCACUUGCCGGUAAUUUCCACUGCUCCAGCACAUCACCCCUGGGCUCUGCCUCUUCCUGCAGAUCUGGACUUUAGGGUUUAUCUUGCUCUGCCUGGGGCUCACUUGGCUCAUCUCCCCUCCCCAUGCAGUGCUGCUCAGUGGGGAGGUUUUACAAUGACAGUUUUUUGUAAAUUGUGGGAUUUUAAAGGCAGGAACCUGUGCUGGGGUGGUUGCCCCAUGGCAUCUGUCCUUCCUGCAGCCCCCAUGGCUGCUGCCUGGUUUUGGUGGGCAGGGGGGCUUGGCCUGAUGUUCUCAGAUAUGAGCUGUGUCCCUAAACAGGAGUACCAAGCUCUUAGGAGGUGGCUGGGAGUCUCCUGGUGGAGGGAGGGUAGGAAGUCCAGGUGUCUGUGUUUUGCAUCUGACACACUGGUGGUGUCAGGAUCUGAUGUGACCCUGCCUGUGGCAUUCCUUCCCAACUCACGUGCACCCCAUCCAUAUCUAGUCUCAGCUGCAGAGGCAUCUCACCAGGCUGAGAAUUUGGGCUGGAGUGAGGAAGCCUCUCUCCUCCCCUGCAGUUCUGCUCUGGAAGGGCUGUGAAAAACUGGAGGGACCUGAGCUGCCAUCUCUGCUUCCGGUGCUAGAGGCGAAGGCAGCUGCCUGUGCUGGGCUCUGCCUGCUGUUUCCUCUGACACACCUGUUCUUCAGCUCCUUGCCUUGCCCUCUAGCAGGGCUCAGGUCUUGUUCCCAGAGGUCAGAUUCCUGUUGCAGAUGUCUCUCUACCUUCUUGCACUCUUGCUGUCACACAGGCCUUGGGCUCUGCUGGGCUCCUGGCAUGUCCCUGUUUUCAGAAGGGUCAGUCUCACUCUCAGCACCCCUGCUGCCUGACUCUUCUGUAUUUCUUGACUGUGAAUAAAUAAAUUGAUUGAUUUUGCUAAAGAUCAUCUUGGCCUGUUCUUGCACUGCCCCUAGGGUGCAGCAGGUGCACCCUGGGAUAGGUUGCCCUAGGCUGUAUCCCUGUGCCCUGCCUUUGUGCUUUCACUGGAGGGGGCGGGUGUGGGGGUAAAUCCCAGCUGGUUCAAGCAGGGCCUAUGAGAAGUGCCUCCCCUGGAGCAUUGACCUGCCCUAGUGCAGAGGAGACCAAAUGUGGCUGCAGGCAGCUGCCUCCAUGGGUCUGGGAAUGAGAGAUGCCCCGCAUCCCUCUGUAUGGGGCAAGUCCUAGGAGACCAUGGAAGAGCAAUGAGCCAGGUCUCCUGGGGCUGUCUGUCACCAUGGCCAAGGCAUUUCUCUGCUGUUGCUAUUGUGGGUAGGUAUCUGCAAACAAACCUGACUCUUGCUGGAUAUGAUGCCCUGUCUGCAAUGCUGGAGCAAAAUUUCCAUUCUUUGAGCAGCAAGGCAUAGGUGGCAGCCAUCAUCCUUGGUACUAGUGCUGUCAUCUGGGUGCUGUUUCUUCACAGCUCAUGCUUUUCCAGGGUCUCCUCUUGCUUGGGGUCCAGCCCCAUCUGUUAUUGCUGGCCCAAGCUCCAUGGGGUUGUUUCAGCAGUUUUAUUUUUCCCGUGUUUGCCGUUGGAUGGGCUGCUGUCAACUCCAAUCCCUCCCUUUCCUGCCAGUCUCAAAGUUUCUUUCCCAUCCUGGAAGACUGAGAAACCACAGAGCCCCAGGUUCUCUCUUGCCCCUUGUCCCCAUCUAGCCACAUCUUGGUGAUGAGUGGGGAACAUCUGCUUUUUUGGAAGCUCACAGAUCUGAGCCCUAUCAAUCAUUAACCAUGUUCUGUUGAUUCAUGCAGGCAAGUGAUGAUAAAAGACAUGGAGAGGGGCAUGCUCCCAGCCCUGGAUACCCCUAGAUGCCAGUGCCCCCCUCACCCCCACCCUGCUGCCAGCACCCCUUGGACCAAGUGGCACCUGGAGAGGGGUGAGCACUGGAGU